AAAAUACUUAUAUUAUCUUUUCUCAAAUACUGUUCAUCUUUUUCUCGGUUCGAACCCAAAAGCAGAGGUAGCGGCGGCACCCCUCUAAAUCCGAUCUCUUCCUCUUCUCUCAUCUUCUUCGCCUUCUUGUUCUUUUCCGUUAUUCUUCUCCUUCAUUUCUUCUUCUUCUUCUUCCUCUUCUUCUUCUUCUUCUUCUUCUUUUGUCAUUGUUCCCUUCCAUCGCCCCUGUUUUCUACCACCACCGCUGCAACUCUCAACAGCGGCGGUGCUUCAUGCGAAACCUCUCCCUUUUCGCCAUUCUCUCCCUCUCAAUCUCUCUUUCCUAUUACCCCUCUCCUCCUCAACAUAAAUCAAUUGAAAAUGCACUAUUCCUCCCCUUCCCCGUUUGAACCCAGAAGCAGAGCAGCGGCAGCGGCACCCCCUCUCAACCACUCCCUUCCUCCCUCUCUCCCUUUCUCUCAUUUUCUUCUUCUUCGUCUAGUUAGUUGGAAAUACCCCCUGUUCUUUCCAACAACGUAAUUUCAGGCGCAUUACCGGAGACAAUUGGAAGGCUGAAGAACCUUGAGUUUCUUAACCUUUCUGCUAAUGCCUUGGUGGAAAAGAUUCAUCAGAACCUCACUGCUCUUCGAAAUCUUACUGUCAAUUACUUCUCUUGUGGUGUUCCAAGUGUGUUUGAAGCCGUUCAAGUUUUAGAUAUGUCUUCCAAUCUGAUUAACGGGUCGUUGCCGCCAGAUUUUGGUGGAGUCAGCCUCCGUUACUUGAACCUCUCGUACAAUAGGCUCGUCGGAAGGAUUCCACCGGAAUUUGGAUAGCAAAUCCCGGGGAAUGUCACGCUUGACCUCUCGUUCAAUAAUCUCACAUGACAAAUCCUGGAAAACGUAGCUUUUCUCAAUCAGAAAACGGAAUCGUUCGCUGGAAACCCGGAUCUAUGCGGGAAGCCACUGAAGAACCUGUGUGUCGUGACUUUCGUUCUUUCUGCUCCACCCAAUGUCUCUGAAAUUACUUCUCCUCCUGCAUUUGCAGCUAUUCCGAACACCAUAGACUCGACACCUGUAACCGGGUCACCUGGAACGAUGAAUGGGACUCAACAGCAAAGGCAGAGGGGUCUCAGACCAAGAACAAUUGUAGGCAUCAUCUUUGGGGAUUUGGCUGGUAUCCGAGUUCUGGCUAUGAUAUUCUGUUAUGUUUACCAAGUAAGGAAGAGAAGGAAGAAUGUGGUCAGUAGUACAGGAUGCAUAGAGAGGAAAGACGAAAUGGACGGGAAAGAUAUCUGGCCUUUGUCAUCAACGGAACCGAAAGGGCCGGUGUGCUGGUGCCUGGGAAAGAAAAAUGACGACGGUGAAGAGUUGUCCGAGACGAUGAGCAUUGAUAGUGAUGAAGACGAAGAGGAAAAGUUGGGUGGUGAACAGCAGAAAAAGCAACAAGAACAGAAGGGAGGGUCUCUUAUAAUUGUAGACGGAGAAACGGAGUUGGAGCUGGAGACUCUGCUGAAAGCAUCGGCUUAUAUAUUGGGAGCGACUAGUUCGAGCAUAGUAUACAAGGCCGUGCUAGAGGAUGGGAUGACGCUGGCGGUGCGAAGGAUCGGUGAGAGUGGUAUAGAGAGAUACAUAGAUUUCGAGAAUCAGGUCAAGCUUAUAGCUAAAUUGUGCCAUCCCAAUCUGGUGCGCAUACGAGGGUUCUACUGGGGUUCCGAGGAGAAAUUCGUCAUCUACGAUUACGUCCCUUGUGGCUGCCUCACCAACUUCAGUUACAGUAAGUUCCUUCUUUUUCUCUCCUCGUCUGGUUGUCUUUCUCAGUCUGUUUGGUGCAUAGUAGCAAAAACAAGUAACGUUGUACUAAAAUGCACGGUAAUGCUAGUUUCGCUGUGUAAAGGUGCAACCGUGGAACUGAGAAGUUAUUCUCAAUGCCCGGAAAGCCAACUGCCCGUGGUAGGCCGUUGACCAGGCUUUGCAAAGCCCUCUGCGGCUAACGAUAGUGAAAAGUUUAUGAUUGUCAGAAAAUGAAAUGCAAUGCCACCCAUUACAAGAUAAUCUGGGCUGAUUGGUAAUCUGUUCUGUUUUCAUUGGAAAUGCAUUGCUCUUUCUCA